GGGCUUCACGGGAGGAAAGCCGGUCACGAGAGGGCACGUGACCGGAGUCGGUGGCUAUUUAUAGGCCCGCGCGCAGAGCUACUGACCGCUCUGGUGUGCUUCCUCGUAGCGCGCGCGCGGCAGGACGGCUGCAGGGUGAGGAGUCGGCUCUGUAGUCAGAUGAAUUUCAGUAUGAAGCAGAAAUUGGAUGCAGGAAAAGGCUCAGGAACUAUAAAGAAGUACUUCACAGACAAUGCAAACUCAGCCCCAAGACGGACUCUUAAAAUGAUUCAGCCUUCAGCAGCAGGUUGCCUUGUUGGCAGGGUAAAUGAACCUGCUAAAUGUUCAAUCAAAAGGAAACUUUGGAGUGAUCAGCUAAUUGCAAAGACCUGCAAAGCUGAGGUUGUGGACCCAGAACAGAAAAAUGAAAAUCUAAAAGUCACUCAAGCUGUUGAUCUCAUGGUAAAAAAAAAUCCUCCCUCUCGGUAUUGGAAGGAAGUGGCUGAAGAAAGGAGGAAGGCACUGUAUGAAGUGCUUCAGGAAAAUGAAAAGCUGCACGAAGAGAUUGAACAGAAAGAUGGUGAAAUUGCCCGUCUAAAAGAAGAAAAUGAUGAGCUGGUAUUACUUGCAGAACAUGUGCAGUACAUGACAAACAUGAUUGAGAGACUAACUGGGCAGGCACCUGAUGGCCUUGAGUCACUGAAAAAUCUAGACUUGGAGGAAUUUGAGCAGGAGGAUGAAGAGGGUGAUUCUGAGGGUGAUGUAGAUUGUGAUUCUGAAGAGUUGCCGUCACAGGUCUCAUGUGAUUCUAGGGAGACUGCCACAGAUUCAUCUGCAGAGAAAGCUAGAAGUCUGUGAAAACGGCUUGGCAAACUUGAGUGGCCAGUGUGCACAUGGCUUCCUAUCUUAAUUGCUAAAUGACUGUUGGAAGAAUAUACUGCCAAAGUUUACCUCAGAUAAGUUACAAGUCUUGUGGAAGCUUUAAAAGUUCACAAUGGGUUUUAACUGGUAAUAUGUAGCAAUGGAAAUAGCUGUAUACUACCUAAACAAGGUAUUACAGACUGAAUUUGGUCACUUCUAUAAAAUGGAAAUACUAUGUAUUUCUAACUUGUGUAAAUAGUAUCUGUUGCUUUGACAUGAGAAUGUGUACUUGAUAAAUAAACUAAACUCUACCAAAA